AGUCCGAGUGGAGAAUUGUAAUUUGCUCUAUGAAAGAGUUAGCAAUAUGCAUUCUACUUGGAGCCUUAUAGCUGCAGCUGGAAGAUAAUGUCUCCACUUCAAUAGACUACAAUAGCCAUAUGGAAGGUAUUCAUUAUGGAGAAUUCUGAGCUCAUGCCUGCUAUUACCAGAUGUUUGAGACAGGACUGAAGCUGGCAAGGCCCUUGAUGCUAAUCAAGGUGAUUAAUUCCAACAUUUACACUCGCCUCCAACAGGCAAGAGUUCUUUCUCCCACCCUGGAGCUUCCACAGAUAGAUAAACCUUCCUUGCUUAGUUUCUCCAUACCUCACAACCUCUGAGGAUGCCUGCCCUAGAUGUGGGCGAAACGUCAGGAGAGAAUGCUUCUGGAGCAUGGCCAUACAGCCGGGAAAACACACAACAACCCAAAGAGCUUCCUCGCCAAACAGCCUUCCCAGCACUUCCUCCUUUGCAUGCUUCUUCUCAACGUUCUAUCCCCGCCCCUUCUGGGGCCACGUGACGAGAGGGACAGGCCAAUCAGAGCUCUUUGCUGCUUUAUGAACUGGUGCGGAUGGAUGCGAAGAAACUGCCUUGGUGGAAGAAGGGAGAGGAGAGAGAAAGAAAGAGAACUGACCAGGUACAAAUACUGAGAGAAGAAUCAGGACAGCUAUUCUAAAUGGCUCACAUUGGGAAGGAAAACCAGCAAGAAGCCGUGCCUCUCCCAGAGCGGGCAUCAAAGGAAAGUGCUGUGCUUGCAGCAAACGCCUUCAGCAGCAAGAUCCCUGUGCUGUCUAAAAGCAGACUCGCACCCAAACAGCAGACAUGUGUAUCCAGUGGGAAGAGCAAAGCGAUCAAGGACCCAAAGGUGCCUCACACCAGUUCAGCUCCUGCUGUUGGUGGACUGGAACCGGUGGCUGCUUCAUUGCCCAAGAGCCUUUCCAGAGAACCUCUGGGGGAAGUACAUCUCAGCACAUCUGGUCACAGGAAUGAGGGCAACAGGUCUGCUGCCAAAAGAGUGGGCAACAGUGGUGGAGAAGGAACGGACACAGAGGAGUUUGUGCCUGAUGUAGCAGCUCUUGCCAGCAUCUUGUCCAACACAGGGCUGAAAUGCCAGAUGAUGAAUUCAACCCACAAGCCCAGCUUGGCCCAAAGAGUCCCUUUGAGUGGAAACAGAGCAUGUUCAGCCAGCAUUGGGACUGCCCGAGGCUCUCUAUAUACAAAGGUUUCAGAAGGAAAUCCUGUUCGCUUUUCCUGUAUCUCCAGAUCAACUUCAAAAGAUACAGAUCUCUCAAAGUCCUGUGGCCUGUCCCUGAACAUUGAACAGCUUAAGACUUUGUCAUCUAGUCUCAAGAACUACGGUCCCAGGGGGGAAGUGACUCAAUCCAGGCAUCCGGCAGAGGACCAGAGAGUGACCAAGUUUGCAGAUCCAGCAGCCAAGCCCAUUGCAGAAUGUCUGAGCAGAGUGACCCCAACUGAUGUUCCAGUUCAAAGCAACUCUGCUGGGACAAAAGACGCCACAGGAUCAUCAUGGAAAGAUGAAGAGUUUGUACCAGACUCAGCUGCCAAAGCGAGUAUCCUCUCAAAUGAAGGUUUGAGUCGAUUUGCCAUAGGGGCCAAUGGCAAGCUGAGCAUGGCCCAGCGGGUGCUCGUGAAAUGUCCUCAGAAGACUCCUGUCACUUGUGGCAACACUAGGGGUGAAAGUGACUUUUUCUUAGAGCGCCGUACUAGAGCAUCUUCGAUUGGAAAGUUUGGUCGUGUGCCUUAUCGUUCUCCUCAGGGUCUUCAAGGUCUAAAGCAGUCAGCGGCUUCUGGAGCCCAGCCAACCAAUACACCUGGCAACAGAUUUACCUCUGUUGGCUGUUCAUCCUACACUCCAGCGAGGAGGGUUCCACAAUCCUUGUGUCGCACUCCUUGGACAUUUCGUCGUGGCCCUCUUUCCUUCUCCCAUAAGAACAUGAAGGUGGGUAUCCAACCUCCAGCAGAAAUGGAGCAGGGGAAGAUUGCUAUGCGCCUCUUUGAUGAUGAGGUGGAGGCAUCAGCAAAGAAGGUGCCUGCUGCUUCCAUGAUCACACCAGAAAUGGGGAAGCUCCAGUGUGUUGAGCUCCUUGCCCAGCUCUUAUGUCGGGAGAUGAAUAAUGGUGAUGUUGAUCAGGUGGUUGCCCCAUCACUGAAAGAACUACACAAUCUAUUGUCUGCUCAUUGCUCGCCUGCUUUGGAGCCUGCCCAGCCUGCCUCCCUCAGCACACCUUCCCAGGACCCUACACCAAAUUUCUGCAAACCUACAGCACUGCCUGAGGUUGUGGUUGCUCCUGAAACUAGCACAACACUCGCUACCACUUCCAGCCAACAGCUCAGCUGCCCAGGCUCUUGCAUGCCUUUGGCCCAGCAUCCCUCAUCCAGUGCAAGUCGUUCAGACCAGUUAAAGCAGCGGCUGGCUGAUCUCCGUAAUGCACCUCAGCGCUUCCACGAGGCCUUACUAAAUGACGAGUGUGCCUUCUACACGGCCCGCGUCACGUCUGUCUCACAGUCUUCAGUGCCACGGUGUAAGGAGCCUGUGGCAAAAACACUUGAGGCUCAUGGUGCCAUGCACUUUAUACCCAUCGCUGCACCUCUAUCCCCUUUGGGGGAAGGAGAGAGCCCUGCAACCUCAUGAAGAUCUCAUAAGAGUGUUGACAUAGAGAUGGUGCACUGAAGGUCAUCUUCACCAACGCGGUGUUUUGACCUAUUUGCAGCUGCUGCCCCUUUGAUCCCUGUCUUUAGCUAUCAGUGAACCUCACUGUGUAGCUGAAGCUCCAAAGGGCAUAGUUGCAGGACAGACGCAGGCUGCUGGAAGGCCUCCUCGUAACUGUGAGCCAUCAUAGAAAGAAGUGCCUGAUGCUUGUGUGAAAUGGACAACGAGCCUAGAGGAAAGGGGGCCUCUUGAAGUGCAAGGCCUUGCUGCAGAGGAAUAGACACACUAAUGCUAUAUUAACUGCAUAUACAUACAUUUUUAAUUUAAUAAAUCUGAUGAAAUGGUAUAA